AUGCCCGUAGUGCCGAUAGUCUCAUGCUUGGGUCUAGCCACUGUACUCCUACUUGCUUGGCAACUUCGAAGGGCUAUCGUCAACAGAGCCAAACUGAAAGCUAUUCCUACAGUCGGAUCAUCUGGAAUCAUCACGUCUUGGAAGGAUGCCUUCAGAUUUGUCUUCCACGCAAAAGAAAUUAUUCAAGAGGGUCAUCGAAUGCACUACGGAUCGGCAUUCAAAGUUCCAAUGCUCGACAAAUGGAUGAUCGUAGUGAGCGGCGCCGAGAAGAUCAACGACAUUCGAAAAGCUUCGCCCGAGCAGCUGUCUUCGAAGGAUGCAGGAGCAGAAAUUUUACAGAUAGACUAUACGAUUGGCCGUCGUUUUAACGAGGACCACUAUCAUGCGGACGUCGUUCAAAGUUCUUUGACGCGCAACAUUGGUGCAUGCUUCGCCGAUAUUCAGGAUGAAAUUCAAGCGGCCUUCAAAGAUAAUGUACCAAUGACUGAAGACUGGAUCGAAGUCCCCGCGUACCAAACGAUCUUACCAAUCGUAUGCAGAGCGAGCAACCGGAUGUUCGUUGGGCUCCCUCUUUGUCGCAAUCGCGAUUACAUUAACUUCAAUAUCAAUUAUGCUGUCAAUGUUAUAACCUGCGCCCAAAUCAUCCGCCUUUUCCCUUCAAUCCUAAGGCCAAUUGUGGGUUCCAUCGUUACGCCCCGCAAGCACGCGGCAGUCAAGAUGGAGAAAUUUCUUGGUCAAACCAUACGAGAACGAUUGCAUCAAGACGAUGUACACGGCAAGAAUUGGCCGGGAAAGCCGAAUGACCUUCUCUCAUGGCUUAUUGACGCGACAAACGGUGACAGCGAGCGACGUACAGUGCAGGACUUGAUAGUUCGGAUCCUUGGCUUGAACUUUGCAUCCAUUCAUACGACGUCUAUGUCAUUUACUGCUGCUCUGUAUGCAUUAGCUGCGCAUUCAGAAUACGUUCAAACCCUCCGCGAUGAGGUGGAAACCGUGUUCGCAGAAGAAGGUCGGACUAAAGCUGCGAUGGGAAAGAUGAAUAAGCUCGACAGUUUCGCGAAGGAAGCUCAGAGGCUAUAUGGUGGAAUCGGUGCCUUCAGCAUGCCUCGUGUGGUUAAGAAAGACUUUAUGUUCUCGGAUGGAACGGUUGUUCCUGUUGGCAAUCAAAUAGCUGUUGCUGCUUAUUCCACGCAUAUGGACGAGGAGAACUACGAGGACCCAUUGGAGUUCAAGCCAUGGAGGUUCUCCGAUAAGAGGGCAAAGGAGGGCGAGGGCAUUCGUCACCAGAUGGUAACGACUAGUUUAGAUUACCAUUUGUUUGGCAAUGGACGAUUCUCUUGCCCGGGUCGCUUCUUCGCCGUUAACGAAUUGAAGGCCCUCAUGUCUCAUGUUCUUUUAAACUAUGACGUGAAAAUGGAUAAGGUUCCUGAAGCUGGGUGGUUCCUCUCUGAUCAGUUCCCUAACCAGAGCAGUAAGGUGCUGUUCAGAAAGCGCGCGCCUGCCAUGAAGGUAUAA